UUCGAUCAGCUUUUCCUAACGCGUGGACACCAAGGAGGCGGUUUCGAGUAUGGAGGUUGGUUAUUUGGUGGCCUUCACCAAAAUAUGGGAACAGUUCCAAAUUAAAUGGAAAGAUGGAGCUCCAAGAGUAUCGUUCCUGACAGAUUUCAUCGAAGAGAUUUCUAGCUAUAGCUUUAUAUCCGCGAGGGACGUAAUUCUAUGCCUUCUGCUUGGCGUUGCUUUCACCCUCUUGCGAUAUUUCUUAACAGCUGCAGCUUUCAAGCCCCUUUUUAGUUGGUGCCAACUGCUAGAGAGAGAUUUGAAGAAAUCAUCAGAAAGUGCCUUUAAGUUAUUAUUUUACUCAUUGGUGUUUGGUUACUGCUCCUACAUUCUUUUCAAUGGAAAAUACAACUUUUACCAUGACACCAGUGACUGCUGGAAAGGUUGGUACAGAGGAAUGCCUGUUCCUCAAGACAUCUACACUCUAUAUAUGGUAGAAGCUGGAUUCUAUUUUCAUUCUGUAUAUGCCACACUUUUUAUGGAUCUGUGGCGAAGGGAUUCUGUUCUUAUGAUUGCUCAUCAUAUUCUGGCUAAUUCACUCAUUCUAUUCUCAUUUGCAAUCAGGUACCACAGAAUUGGCAUUCUAGUCUUAUUUGUCCAUGACGUAACCGAUAUUAUACUUGAAUUCUCAAAACUGUGCAUAGCUUUCAAGUCACGUGGAGGAAAAUACCAUCUCCUACCAGAUGUUAUCAGUAUAGUUGGAUUUUUGUCUUUUGCGUUAGCUUGGUUUUACUGUCGCCUUUACAUCUACCCAACCAAGGUGCUCUACUCUUGUGGUUACAUCAGUAUGCUCAUCACUCCUGAAGCCCCUUUGUACUUCUUCUUCAAUGCCAUGCUCUGGUUACUAUUUUUGAUGGACGUAUGGUGGUUUCAUUUCAUUGUGUGGCUCAUCAUUCGUAUUGCUAUUGGAAAAAGCCAUGGUGUGGAAGACACUAGAGAGAUUCCUAAUGAUUCUGUGAAAGAUGAAGGCCACAAAAGAGUAGCAAAUGGGAAAGGGUUACAAAAUGGAGAGCUACAUAACUGUGUAAAUCACAGCAAGGCCACACUUAAAACAGCUGGGCAAAGGAAGUUCAACAGAGAAGAAACCAACAUAGGGGAACCACACAAAAAACAUUACACACAGAAAGAAAAUGAUGAGUCAGGUUUCUGCCGUCGGCAGCCACGCACCAAACCAGCUAAUUUAUAGAGCGAAUGUAGCCAUGCACUUAAUCCAUAGACUGGAUCACAUGAUUUUGGAAUAAUAUUAUGCUUGAAAAAGAACUUUAAAAGCAGCUAGCUGUAAUUUAGAUAAUGAUUUAUUUAUUUAUUUUAUUUAUUUAUUGUCAUUAUAAUAAAAUAGGGGCCAAGAACAUGUUUUAGAAUUUCAAUUUUUAAGAAUUUAUUCAUAAAGGAGAAAGUCAUUCUUUAAUUAAUAAGAGAUAGACAUUGUUCCUUGCAAAGCACUAGGCAGUGGAUUAAUUAGAAAUUAUUGACAUUAUCAAUUUAUUCCCUUAUAUUUAUUUACACAUCAAUGGCCUAUUCAUGGCUAGGAAUUUUCCUUGCAGUACAAAUUAUUUACUUCAAUUGUAUGGUAGCAUGCCCAUGAAGAAGUAAAUCACCCUUAAGUUAUAGGUACAUAAUGUUGCUUGCAAACUGGUUUUAUCCAAAAUUGUUGAUACGAGUUUUAACCUACUUAUGGCCUUUUCAAAGCCAAAAACAUUUACCUUCUAGUUUUCAUUUUAUUCUAGGAACUUAUUCAUUAAGGAGAAAUAUGUAUGUUAAAUUUGCUAUGAAUAGAUAUUGUUUCAUGGAAAACAGGUGGUAGCAGUAUAUUUUCUUAUUAUGAUCUAAUAAUGGCCUCUUCACACCAAGAACUCUCUUUCUAGUAUUUUAAUACAUUUUUCAUUUAUCAAUGAAGAAGAAAAUUGUACUUUGAUUAUACAUAGACUUAGUUAAAGAAACUGCAAAAGAGAUUCGGUUUUGCUUCAUUUUUCUAACUUCCCUAUACAUGUGCAAUAAUAGUCUUUUCAAAGUUAAGAACAUCCUUUCUAGUAUUUUAAUUUAUUGAGAAUUUGUUUAAUUUAGAGAGGAAACUCUUGCAUUGGUCACAGACAUUCUUCCAAAAUGGAACGAUUUUAUUCAUUCAUUUAUUUGUCUUUCUAUUUAUUACAAGCCAACUGUUAUAAGUCGUAUUGAUGUUUGUUUUUCCUCCUUGCCCUAUAAUCACAUCUCCAGAACUUGAAAGAAAUUUAUCUUUAACUGAAGCAAAAUACGUUAUUUAACACAGCUCAGACAAAAUGCUGUAUUUCAUUUAUUUCAUCAAUUUAUUUAUUUAUAUAUUUAUUUAUUCAUUGUUAAUACGAUUUUAUCGCUGACUUUGAUUUCAUGUUCGUUCUUUGGUGCAUAUGAUAUCACACGUAUUUCUGUUUAUUUAUUUGUGGCUGUUUAUGCUUACAAAGAAAAUCAUUGGACCAGGUUCAAAUACUAGGUAAGGUUCAAAGUUCAAUGGAGUCAUGCCGGGACAACUUAGAACCCAGACAUUGGGAAACUUUUUUUUUUCGGAUUAGGUCUUGGCCACUAACUGAAGGUCGUCUUCCAACAGUAUUUAUUUUAUCAGAUGCAUCACGGUAACUUUAUUUUUGCUUGUGAAGAAUGAAUUAAAAAAGUGAAUUUAACCGA